GAAAAAUAAAUGUUUAUUAUAUUUAAUUAUUUAUUUUCUAUUUUAAUUUUUAGUGAAAGGAAUCGAAACAGAUUUUAAUAAGUAGAUAUAAUAUGUAUUAUUAUUCAAAUUUCAUAAAAUUAUUUCUUCGAGUGUUUCAGUUCUUAUCACGUGCUGAUAUUUUUUGAUCAGACAUCAUAAAGUGAAGUGAAACAAUAGAUUUGUUAUCGCUAUUUAAAUUGAUAAAACAUUUUAUUUAUAAUAAGAUUACACAGACUUCGUCUUUGCUUCGUAUCGGUAAAAUAUCGUUAUUUAAAUUGGAAAAAGUAUUUUGUUAAUAGAAUUAAAAGAAAUCACGCAAAAUGACUAUUCGUCAUCACGUUAUAGGAUACGAAAAUUUUUUACAAUUUUUUGAAAAUUUUCAGACCAAAGAAUCGGUCUUUGUAUUAUAUACGGGUACAAAGCUUGAAAAUGGUCAAAGUUGGUGUCCUGAUUGUGUUGAAGCGGAGCCAUUUAUAGAAGCUGGAUUACAAGUACUCUCUGAGACAUCCCAUUUUGUUGUGGUUGAAGUAGGAGAUAGAGCAUUCUGGAAAAAUCCUAAUUGUAUAUUCCGUAAAGAUAGUAAAACUCAAUUGAAAGUAUUACCAACAUUGGCUCAAUGGGGAACUCAAAAACGUUUACAAGGUAGUGAAUGCCAAAAAGAAGAACUUCUUAAUAUGUUAUUCAAAGAGGAAGAUGAUUAAAAUUGGCAAUUUUAUAUGGUGCUAUUAUUUUAUAAUUCAAAAAAGCAUUGAAUAUUAGAAUUACUUUUCUUAUGUGAGAAUGAUUUUUCCAUUACUUUCUUGUUUAUUACUUCUAUUUUAUAAAAAAGAAUCAUUAAAAUAAUUGUAUAUAAUUUAAUUCUUUACUUUAUAAUUUUUUUUCUAGUUAAAAUAAUUUUCAAUUUUAUUGGAAAAAUUCUUUAAAAGGAUUUUUUCAAGAAAAUUGUUUCCCAGUGAUUUAUUUUACUAAAUGAAAUGUCAUGUCAGAGAUAUUUCAAAAUUUCUAAGGAAAGAUAAUAUUGUCACGUCAACAAUGACUUCAUAAAAAUUAUUAAUGUGCAAAGCAUAUUUUGAAAUUUGUCACACAAUCAUAGAGUGAAAAUCCUUAACUUAUAAUUGAUAUAAUAAAUUCGAAGUGAAAAUUUUUUCAGUAGACAAGACUAUUAUGACAGACAACUUUCAAUAGAGAGACUAUAAAAACAACUUUCUAAAUUUAACCUUAAAAAUAUUUUUUAUUAAUACAAUUGUAAGAUCCCGUUACCAUUUAUGUAUAAUUCUAUUGUUUCAUUGCAUGCUAUAUAUUAUAUAAUAUUCACAUAUUAUUCUAUGGCAUUUAUUCUUUUAAUUCUUCCGAUGGUGGUAAAAUGCGUACAGAAUAAUGAAUCUUUUUAUUCCUCAUGACACUAUAAGUAUUAUCAAAGAUGACAGAAUCUAAAACAAAAGAAAAUGAAUAAGAGUAUAUAACAUGAUAGCAUGUAAAAUUUUAAUAACGAUGACUCACAUGUAGCUGGUUUAUCACAGGUUACAACGCCUAUUUCAUUUAAUUUGUGCGAAGCUAUUUUUGUAAUAGGUACAAUUUCGGUUUUCAUACCUGACGUAUCCUCUUUCAAAAUACCGAAUUUAAUAUCAUAAUCUUCUGUGCGAAAAUCCCAACUGUAUCCCAAGGAAGUAUGUUAUUACAUUUUAUGUUACACAUAUUUAUUUAAAAGGUAUACCUUAAAAGAGAUCCCUCUUCGGAUGUAGUUAAACUAAGUUCUAACUUAUCUCCUUUACGGAUAAUGACAGUAGUAUAAUCCGUAGAUUUAUCACUUUCCAUUUUAUCCAUGUACAUUUCUUUUGGUAUUUUACCACCUUGACAAAUCUAAAAAAAUGUAGAGAGAAUAUUACAAUAGUAGAGAGAAUAUUAACGAUGUUAUGAUUACCUUUGUUACGAGUUUUGGAUUCCCAUCGGGAUCUUUUAAAGUGCCGCCGAAAUGAGCAGGCAUUUGAUCGGUUGGAACUAGUUCCAAUAUCGCAGGUUUCCAUUUUGUUGGAUCUGCUUUGAAAAUUUGUAUUUUUGAUAAUGUAUAUUCGUUCAAAAAUCUUUUCGCGACGGAAAAAGCAAAAGAGAACAUUUUUGGGGCUGCAAAAAUAAUAAUAAUUGAUUGAUAAUAUUUCAUAUGAAUAAAAGUAAAUAAUUUUAAAUGUCAAUAACUUUGGCUGACGUACCAUUAAUAAUGUAACACAUUUUUAAAAUUUCUGGAUAAUUCGCUUCGUACAUUUGAAUAGCACUAAUGACAACUUCACCGGCUGAAAAAUGACAAUGUUUUUUUUUUAUUAAUCAUCGAUAUGUAUAUUUAAAAGAUUUAUGACAUUGAUAUAAUUUAAAAGAAAUGUUACAAUAAAAGGUAGGCUUUUAUCUUUCAUAGAGA